GGUCUGAAGCGGAAGUGGUUGUAAUCUUCUGCAGUUGUGGUGUGACGAUGGGUUAGGGAGAAGGCUGCGAAGUGUUAAAAAAAAAACACUAAAACCUGACAAUUUAACGUCUUUAGUGGACUAGACAUGAAGACGGUGUUUGUUACUGUCGGCACCACGAGCUUUGAUGAGCUCAGCAAUACCAUCACGUGCCCAGAGUCCGUGCAGGCUCUAAAGGCUCGUGGAUGUGAGCGUCUGGUUCUGCAGGUUGGAAGAGGAUCAGUUGUUCCAGCGGCUGACAGCUGUCCACAAGUCAAACUUGAAGUGUUUCGAUUCAAAGAUUCGAUAGCAGAAGACAUGAAGCAGGCGGACCUCAUCGUAAGCCACGCAGGGGCAGGAAGUUGUUUGGAGGCCCUCGGAGCAGGCAAGCCUCUGCUGGUCGUAGUGAAUGACAAACUGAUGGACAACCACCAGCUGGAGCUCGCCCGACAGCUCCACAUAGACUCCCACUGUUUCUACUGCACAUGCAGCACCCUGACAGACACCCUGAGGACCAUGGAUCUCUCUGUUCUUCAGCCAUAUGUGCCCGGGCAACCCAAGCAUUUUGCAAACUUUCUGGACAAAGCUCUCGGGGUUCAGAAACGUUGAUUUUAAGGGACUGUUUAUUUUCUGUUACGCUCGAGAAAAUCAUGUAGUAGAUUAUGAUGCUUGAUGAUAUAACUGUAACUGUGCAGUAUAAAAGUGUCACUCAAGUGCUUUCUAUUUUUUAUAUGUAAUAAUCUAUUUAAUUUCAA